CAUAGCUCACCCCAAGAUUUCUCUUGAUGCUUGUCAUUGCUGGAGUCUUGAUUCCAGCUACAUGUUUUUGUUGCCUGCCCUGAUGUGGAUGACCCAUAAAUAAGCAGCGUGCCCUGAGUCUUCCAGCAGAACCAAAUCCUAAGAGGAAAAAAGAUCACGAGUUUACGGUCUUCUAAGCAUUUUGUGGUGAUACAUGGAGUCCAACAAUAUGACCACCCUGCCAAAUGCCUCAAACACAGAGCAAGGCCACUGCAAGGGACACUGCAGGCUGAUUUUGAUAACACUCUACAGCAUGGUUUUGCUUGGAGGCACCAUGGGGACAGUACUGAUGUCACGUAUGAUGUGCAAAAGGAAAAGCCAAUCCAUGAUUGCCAUGAUCAUUCUCAAUAUCAUAGUGCUACACUCAGUCCUCCUGGUCAGCCUCCCGUUCCGCCUCAGCUAUUAUAUCUUAGGGGUGUGGGAGUUCGGAUCCUUUCUCUGCCGACUGGUCAGCAGCAUAAUAUACGGUCAUAUGUACUUCACUUUUGUUUUCUAUGUGGCCAUUGUCAUACUCCGAUUGCUCGUCUAUUUUAAGAAACUCCAAAUGCAAAAGUUGCAAAAAUACCACAUGGUAGUAUUAAGCAUUGUUAUUUGGACCACGGGCAGCCUUGUUUUUUGGCCAAUAUUACUUUUACAAUAUGGCAUACAUCCAAGCUACUCAGAAAAACCACGGUGCUUUGAGUUCUACAAAGAUCUCAACCGGGGGGAUCUCAUUAUCUUGAACUACUCUAUGAUUGUCAUUAUGAUCUCAACAGUUGUUAUACUCUUUCUGAUAGAGAUGGGUGUCAUCGUUCAACUGAUAAAAGCUCUCUGGCCUGACAUGUGGGUACAUCAAGACUAUAGAGCUCAAAUCAAGAGCUUCUUCUUCCUCCUAGUAAUAGUGGUCUGUUUUAUACCCCAUCACGUAUUCCGGGUAUAUUUUAUUCAAAAUUACUCAGAGAUAGACAAUUCUGAGUUAGUUCUUUAUAAUGAAAUUUUUGUUGCUUUGACUACUGUCUGUUGCCUGGAUAUGGUGUGUUUCAUAGGUGGGGUUAUCCAUUAAAUACUCCUUGUCCCUCACUUUGUAAUUGGUUUUUUACCAUUGUGACAAAACAGUUUCAAAUGAACAACUGCUACCAUGAUUUCAAAAUUUUUCAAAUUCUCAGCUCUUAAUUGUCACCGGAAUUAUUUUUCCAUGAAAAGGUAAUGAAGACCAAUUGUCCCCCUCUUCUUGGGUGAUCUGUUCUCCCUGAACUAUAUAUUCACUUGCCAUAGCUCUACCCAAGUUGACCCCAAACAUCCUUUCCAGACUCAACGGCUACCUCUUUUUCAUGCAGUACUUACUCCUGCUGAGCACAACCAUGGGCCUUUCCUGCUCAACAGUCCAGCCUGUUCUCUUUGCCUUUGUUAUUGCUGAGCUUUGAUCUUAGAAUGUUCUUUCCCUCCUUCUCCAAACUAUAUCUUCUUUAAGGUCUAGAGAAUUUGAAGACAUGGACUCUAGAGCCUUAACUUAUUCAACUUAUGCUCAACCUGAUAUACGUGCCUCUUGAAAAUGACCGAUAGUCAGCGAAGAUAUGGCCGCUGGCCAUAGUAUUUGGAGGAAAGAACUAAGUUUAGUAGUCAAUAGACUUGACUAUUGGAAGGAAACACUUCCAGGAUUGCUGGAGCAUUAAUAUGGCUUGAUUCUGACUAAGACUUUGUAGGUACUCAGGAAAUAGAGAAUGCCUCCCAGAUUGACGUUUCCAGAUAUGGAUCCAUUAAGCAGGAAAAGAAAUUGGAAAAGGUGGAAAGCAGCUGGUCUUAGUCAAAGCAUGCUAUACUAGACUAUAUUAGAUUCUAUUAGAGCCCAAACUUUUGAGAGUGUGGGACUGUUUUUAAGCUUAUCCAAGGCACCCUAUAUGAACAAGUAACAUUACAUAAUGAAAAUCAACUCUGGUAUCAGUUAAAUGCAAUAGAAAUUAACCAAGACAAGCAACCUGGAUUGAGAUAAAUAGAAUACAAGUUGGUUGUCUUGGUUAUUUUUGAUAAUAGAAUUUAUCAAAUUAUUUUUGAUCAAUAGAAUCGCAGUUGGUUGUCUCGGUUAUUUUUGUUGUGUUAGUUGAUACUUACCUGACAUAGAAAUUGAAAUGCCCUUAUUCUUUUCUUAUAAUAAUGCUACCUUUGAUAUUAAACUUUAAUGAUCAAAUAACCAAACCCUUACUGGCUAACAAGACAGCAUAGUUAAUACAAAAGGAUUUGAGGGUCAUCCACACAUGUGGAUUUAAAGGUUUUUAGUAACUAUGGAAUCAUGGAUGAGGUAUUUAUAAUCUCUGAGCCCCAGUAUCCCAUGUUACAGGGUUUGGGUAAAGGUGAAACAAGACAGAAGCAUGUGUUAAGUUGUGUUACAGUGCCAGGCAUGUGAUCCUCAGGAUAACAUUACUUAUUUUCCAAAUCCAGCGACACUUUUUAUAAAUAAUUUUAAAAUAGAUUCAAAAUGUUGAUUCAUGUAAAAAUAGACUUUAGAGGCUCAGAUGCUAUUCGUCAAUGUUAAUCUCACGCUUUAUGUAAUUAUUAAGUCAGUAACUUAAUGGAUGCUUAUUCUUAUUUUUGCCUAUAAACACUUAUU